AUGGCAAAUAUAAAUGAUUCAAAUACAUUCAAAGUGCUUGAAAGGAUAUUAAGCUUGCAAAUUCCAGAACAAAUCGAAGAUAGUGUUAUCUUUGACCUUUUUGAAAUAGGAAAAGUAAUGGAAAGCAAAUUCUUAAAAUCAUUGUACACUAAAAGAUAUAAUAAUGACGGGUACAAUUUAGAAAAUAUAUUCAGGAAGAUCAAAUAUUGCAAUCAAAAUGAUUUUGAUAAUAAGAUAUUGGAUUUCAUAUGUGAAAAUAUUGAUUCAAUAGAUCAUGAUAAGUUGAUUGAUUCGAUUGUUGAAGCAGGUUUCGAUUUUGCAGAGAAGUUAUUGAAUCAUUUCAAAAUCAAAAAUGUUAAUUCGAAUGAUUUAAUAUUCUCAUUAUACAACAAAGAUCCAUCAUUCAUCGAUAUUUUAUCAUUCCUCAAUGAUGAAUACAUUGAUGUCAAAUAUGUCACCGAAUCAAUCAAAAUAUUAUCAAUAACGAAUGAUCAAGAUAUUAAGAAUAAUAUUCAAUCAUCAAUCAUUUCAAAUUUCAAAUCAUUUCAAGAAUUAGAAAAGACAGUUAAAGAACUUAAUCUAAUUAAUACUUCAUUCAAUGCCGAAUUAACAAAAAUGAAAAAUGAAAACACAAAACAAAACGAAGAAUUAAUAAUUCUAAGAAAUGAAAAUAUAGAACAAAAGAGUGAAAUCGAUAGAUUAAUGAAACAAAAUUCUUCACAAAUAGAAGAAAACAGAAAAUUGAUAUCAGAAAAAUCAGAAUUACGUAGUAAAAUUGAUUCAUUAGAGAAAUCUAAUAAAACCAAUGAAACAAAGAUAGCAGAACUUAACCAACAGAAUACCAUAAUAAAUUAUGAACUUCCGAAGUUGAAGUGUGAAAAUGAAAAACUUAAAAAUAAAAACUCAAGUCAAAGGAAUGAAUUACAAAGAUUAAAAACAGAAAACUCAUUGAAGGAUUCUAGAAUUGAUGAAUUAAAAUUCGAAAAUAGAGAAAAUCAAGAAUUUAUUAAAAAUAUUGGAGAAUAUUUGCCUAGAAUAAAGAAAAUCACUAGCAUGAGUCUAAAUGAAUCGAAAUUCUGGGAUGUUUAUUACAUAAUUAAAGAAGCAUCGGAUCAGCGAGAUUUGGCAACAAUUCUUUAUUAUCAUAAAUUUUUAGCAUCAACUUGUGAAACAAAAAUUAAAGGGAGUGUUUAUCUUACAUCAGCAUCCAGCGGAAAUAUUCAAUUAACAAAAGAUUUUAUUGAAUGCGGAGCAUAUAAAUUUUAUACAUCUCGAAAAGGUCAGUUACUCAUCCAUAUAUUUAUUGAAAAUGGAUACAUUGAUGCAUUCAAAGACUUUAUGAAGUAUGAUUAUGACAUCAAUCAAAAGGAUAAUAACGGAAAUACUCCUCUUCAUUUAGCUGUGAUGAAAAAUAAUUAUGAAAUUUGUCAAUAUCUCUGUAAUCUGAGGAAAAUCAAUAAAAACAUCAGGAAUGAUGAUUUUGAUACCCCAUUGGAUAUUGCAAACAGAAGAAACUAUAAUAAUAUUAUAAGUCUUUUAAAGUGA